AUGUCACUCCAUACCUCCUAUCACGCAGACUCUGAUGCAGAUGACGAGUACGAGCGCAGCGUUAUCACGUCACCGCACUUAGCGACAGAUUCAGAAGGCUCAGAGCCCGACUCAGCGUUUCCCUCAGCGGAACCUACACCAACAUUUGCGAAUAAAGACGAAAACCCGAAAUCCCCGAGGACAAUAAUCACCGAAUGGACUGCCGAAGAAUGCGCGGCUUAUGUUGCAGCCCUGGGCCUCCGCCAAUACUGCCAAGCGUUCAUAGAGAACGGCAUCGUUGGAGAUGCACUAAUUGCAUUAAGACACGAUGAGCUGAAGGAAAUGGGAAUUGCUAGUGUGGGACAUCGAUUGACCAUACUCAAGAGCGUCUACGAAACAAAAGUGAAGCAUGAUAUCCCACUUGAUGCCGACCACUACAUUCCUCUGUCUGCGGAUCAAAGUAUGAAUGAGAGCGCAUCGCAGGAAGACAUUGCUCGACUCAUCCAGUCCGUCCGACUCCGAGACGAGCGAAUAUUUACCGUCGAGACCGAGCUACGGCGUGUACUCGAAGACUACCGACGACUGAGGGAGGAGCUUUUACCUGUCUUCAAAAUGGCAAAGGAUAAAUCUCAGCCUCUACCGCCGCCGACCGCCGUGCCGAUCUCAGAUAACUAUCAUGACUCUUCACUCUCAGCACAAACGCUCACAGGGCAACCUUCUGGAAUUACCAUCCUAGACCGCUCCGGAUCGAUCAUGUCUCGAACUUUCUCCAAAAGAGUCCACGGGGGUACCACUCCCAAAAACAGCUCUCCAACCCAUAUCCCGUCCUCAAUCCACGAGAGUCGGACGUACAACGACGGUGCCAAUCUUGACCCAUCUGCAGCCGCCAUGGCUGCAUCGUCACAUCUCAGUACUAUGAAUGGAAAAUCACAACUCUCACCAAACCUACCCUCUCCGACAUCUCCUAGCAACCACUACGGCGCCCCGCAAACCUUGGCCUCCCGUGCAUAUUCGCAACCCGGAUCGGCUCGUGGCUUCCAUGAUCACCACAACGACAAUGCACAAUCCCAAUCUCGGCAAGACCGCCUGAAUCCGCCACCAUCCUCAGCAACGCGUUCGGAGAUUCCGUCACGAUCCGAUUCCAGGGCAGGGGGCGGAGGCGGAGGCGAGACUCCAAGCGUGGAAAUCUUCAAGUCCUUCCGUGUCUCUGUCGAUGAUCCGUGCUACAAAGUCCUCCCAGCAGCUCUCAAGAAGUAUAACAUCAAUGGCGAUUGGAAACAAUAUGCGCUUUACAUCGUGUACGGCGAUCAGGAGCGUUGUCUCACGCUAGAAGAACGGCCUCUUAUUCUCUUCAAGCAACUGGAGAAGGAAGGACGGAAACCGAUGUUUAUGCUGCGAAAACAACAACAGGCGCCGGACAACAAUACUCCCAGUCCUUAUCCGCCAAGUGGGGGAUCGGGGCCGAAUAGUGCCAACUUUGACACACGACAGGCGCAGAUCAACCUCCCCGGCGGGGUACUGUAA